GUAUUUGGAUGAUGAAGAGAUAUCAAUCUACAAAACCCCCUUUGUGGCUGAGAGAUAGAGAGCAGAAAAUAUGGCUUCUUCUUCUUCUUCACUGAGGCCUGCAAAUGGCGGUUUCCUACUCCAAAAACCAUCGUCUUCAUCUUUCUCCAAUAAUCGACACUCUGCAACAGCAAUCGGAUGGGGUUUGAGAAGAGAGAUUGAUUCAGGACUGGGCAUUCGUAGAAACAAAGGCGAAUCAUUUCGCGUAGCUGUAGCUAAUCCUAACGUUACGAUAGCAAGUGGAAAGUCAAGGAAAGAGGUGAUCAUGGUUGAUCCUGUUGAAGCCAAGCGCUUAGCCGCUAAACAAAUGGUAGCCAUUAAAGCAAAACAAUCAUUUAAGAGGAGACGACAAAUUGAAGCCAUUAACGGAGCAUGGGCUAUGCUUGGCCUUACAGCAGGCUUGGUCAUUGAAGGCCAAACUGGAAAUGGCAUCUUGGCGCAGUUGGCUGGAUACUGGGCAGCCGUGGUUGGUUUUUUUGUUAGAUAAUGCACUGGGAUCAGCCUGCAGGGCUCUACAUGAACCCAUCUGUUGCCAAAAGCUGUAACGUCUUCAAACCUUUUACACAUGAUUCUGUUUGCUUUCCGAAAACAUGUUCUUGUUAUUUAGUUAUCGACCAAACAAAAGCUGAAACACGGAUUUAAAAACUCUAUAGAUACUUGUUUAUCUUUGUUUAUGAUACAUGGAUGGAAACAUGAAUACGUUAGAAAUGUUUGUGAUAAUUCAUUGUG